UCUAGCUCAUGAGCUUACCUAGGAAGCAAGAAACAGCCAUGGCUUCUGUUUCGACAGUACUAGUGCUUCUGCUCUUGUGCAGCUGCUGCCAUUCUCUCGUUGCUCACGCAGGAAAUGGAGAGAGGCACAAGGUUCUUGAGCUGAAUUCUAAGGCCGUCUGCUCCGAGCGCAAUGCGAUUCCGUCGUCGUCGGGUGGGACCACGGUGCCGUUGAACCACCGUCACGGUCCAUGCUCGCCGGUGCCGUCCGGGAAGAAGAGGCCGACCCACGAGGAGCUGCUCAAACGCGACCAGCUCCGGGCUGAGCACAUCCAGCGGAAGUUCUCCAGGAACGCCGCCGCCGUCGAUGGCGCCGGCGAGCUCCAGCAGUCGAAGGCAUCCGUGCCGACCAAGCUGGGCUCCUCCCUGGACACGCUGGAGUACGUCAUCUCCGUCAAGCUCGGCUCGCCGGGCGUGACGCAGACGGUGAGCAUCGACACCGGCAGCGACGUGUCGUGGGUGCAGUGCAACCCGUGCCCCGCCCCGCCGUGCCACGCCCAGGCGGACCCGCUGUUCGACCCCGCCGCGUCGAGCACCUACGCGGCGUUCUCCUGCGGCGCCGCCGAGUGCGCGCAGCUCGAGCAGCAAGGCAACGGCUGCGGCGCCAACUCCGAGUGCCAGUACGGCGUCCAGUACGGCGACGGCUCGACCACCAACGGCACGUACAGCCACGACACGCUGACGCUGUCCGGCGCCGACGUCGUCAAGAGCUUCCAGUUCGGCUGCAGCCACACCGAGUCGGGCUUCAGCGACCAGACCGACGGGCUCAUGGGGCUCGGCGGCGGCGCGCAGUCGCUCGUGUCGCAGACGGCGGCGAAGUACGGCAACUCCUUCUCGUACUGCCUCCCGCCGACCUCGGACUCGUCCGGGUUCCUCACGCUCGGCGGGCCGAGCGGCGGCGCGUCGGGGUUCGUGACGACGCGGAUGCUCAGGAGCAGGCGGGUACCGACGUUCUACGGCGCGAGGCUCCAGGACAUCGCCGUGGGAGGGAAGCAGCUCGGCCUGCCGCCGUCGGUCUUCGCCGCUGGGUCCGUGGUCGACUCCGGCACGAUCAUCACGCGGCUACCGCAGACGGCGUACUCGGCGCUGUCGUCGGCGUUCAGGGCCGGCAUGAAGCAGUACCGCUCGGCGCCGCCCAGGAGCAUCCUCGACACGUGCUUCGACUUCACCGGCCAGACCAACAUCUCGAUACCGACCGUCGAGCUGGUGUUCUCCGGCGGCGCCACCGUCGACCUCGACGCGAACGGCAUCAUGUUCGGCAGCUGCCUCGCGUUCACCUCCACCGGCGACGACCGAACCACCGGCAUCAUCGGGAACGUGCAGCAGCGGACGUUCGAGGUCCUGUACGACGUCGGCAACAGCGUGCUCGGUUUCCGGUCCGGCGCGUGCUGACCGGGCGGCGCGCGCGCUGUCGCCGGCGGUGGCAACACGACACACGCAGUGGCCAGUAGCUGUGCUGCUCUCAUGAGGUGUUGUCUACUUGUUUGUGGUUGCGAGGUAAGGGUCAUGGCGUGUGGCCAAGAUUCAUCAAUUACCAGUUUGAUCAUAAUUGUCUUGUGACAGUGACACGAUAUACUGCAAUUGUAAUCCACCAACCAAUAGAUCAGGGUAGUUUUUUUUUUACUUCCAUAAAAAAAUAACGGGGCAAUAUUCGCCUCAUUUAUGAUUAAUGAAGACUUUAUACUUGAUUAAUAAAUUUAAUUCUCAAGUGAUGGUUGGUGCCAACAAUCCAUCGUAUG